AUACAACAACACGGAAAUGAUACAGUCAUGCUGGUGUCGCUUUGUUUAUAAGAAACAUUCACACUUAGUUAAUGGUGCACUAGUUAAAACUACUGAUAGCUGUAUAUAAAUAAAUGAUGUGCUAUCUGUUGAUUAAGCGUGCCAGUGAGUAACAUAGCUGCUGCUUUAUUAAGAUAGAAGAAAGCGUCUGUAUGUUGUGUGUUUGUUGCUGUUAUGGAUCAAUAUUCAUUGGUGAGAGUCAUUGGCGGGGGAUCUUUUGGUCGAGCUUUGUUGGUUCAACGAGUGAACCAUGAGGAGAAAUAUGUAAUAAAGGAAAUACGUCUUCCAAAGACUGAAUCUGCUUUGAGGAAGAGCAGAAGAGAAGCUGUGCUCCUGUCCAAAAUUAAGCAUCCACAUAUUGUGGCAUUCGUAGACUCAUUUGAAGCUGAUGGUCAUUUAUAUAUUGUGAUGGAGUUCUGCAGUGGUGGAGAUCUUCUUCAAAGAAUACAACAGCAAAAGAAUGAGCUGUUUUCUGAAAACAUGAUCCUGAAGUGGUUUGCACAGAUGUGUCUCGCUACUAAAUACAUUCACGACAAGAGAGUCCUUCACAGGGAUUUAAAAUCAAAGAACAUUUUCUUGACGGAUGAAGGAAUUGUGAAGGUUGGAGAUUUUGGUUCAGCUUGCACUCUUAACAGUGCAAAAGCAUAUGCUCAGACAUAUGUUGGUACCCCAUACUAUGUGUCACCAGAGAUAUGGGACAACAAACCUUACAAUAAUAAAAGUGAUGUCUGGUCUCUUGGCUGUGUCUUGUAUGAACUUUGCACUCUCCAGCACCCGUUUCAGGCACAGAGUUGGAAGAGUUUGAUUCUGAAGGUGUGUCGGGGGGCGUACGCACCUUUACCCAGUCAAUUCCCAUAUGAGCUGCACUACCUCAUCAAACAAAUUUUCAAGAUAAACCCUAGAGACAGACCAUCUGUACACACCAUACUCAACUCUCACCGCAUCUCACGCCUGCUGCAUAAACAUUUGACACCAGAGAGUAAAGAGUUGCUGAAAGAACGAGCGUGCUGUUGGAGGAAAGAGGAGGGAGAAGAAGUGGCCAGACUGUUAGGACAAAAGAGUUUAGUGACUUCAUCUACCACUGAAGGACCUUCCUGCACCGAGAGUAACAGCAUCGACCCGACGUCUCGUAAGAGGUGGACAGUGGGAUCUUGUAAUACAGUGCUGGGUGUCUUAGGAAAUGCUGAUAUUAUUUCCUCUGGUAGCAUGGCAGAUACAGAAGGGUCUCAUCCCAUCUCAGAGGACAUAAAGGAGAGGAGAGCGAGGAAACAGUGGGAUAAAGAUCAAGCAGAAAGAGUCCUUAGCGUCCUGGAGAAAGUUCAGCUUUGCUCCGCCUUUGAGACCUACACUAUACACAGACACGGUUCUGAUUAUCUGGGAGGUCCUUUAAACUCUGAGCAGGGAGACAACGUUGAUGGUCCUGAGGAGAUCAUCACAGACAACAGCAGACUGGAGUCACGCUCGGAUGAUGAUGACACGGAUUUUGAAGAGGACUGUCAGUACGACUGGAUCAAUGAACUCGAGAUGAUGGUGGACGAUCACUAGCAAAUGUUUUAGGAUUUGUACUUUAAGGUUAUCCAGAGGACCCAGAAUAUCACGUCACCUUUGCUCCGGAUGAGCUGAAUCACAGUACAGUCACGAAAUCCUCCAGACACAGAUUCACAACUUGACUUCAUGAAUGUUUAGACACUGAUGUAUCUUUCCUGAGCCAUUGGUGUCUGGUUCGAAAGGUUAACUUCUCUCUAUUCCAACCCGUAGUUAACUUUUACGCCACAGCAUGUAAACACUUUUACGAGAUAAUGAAAAGGCAGUUUGUGAGUUAAUUUCACAGGAUUUGUGUAUACAACUGUUUAUUUGGUUUUGGUUUAUUACAGAGAUAAUUUGAGGGAAACGUCCCUCCCCGGCUGUUCUUAUCUGUAACGGCUAAAUAGAAAGAAAAGUUUCCAUUAGAUUUUUAUCUUGAAAACGUUUACUGGGGGAAAUUCUGCAUAAAGUUCAUAAAUAUUUUAAUUAAAAUAUGACCCAGUUAGUGAAAACCCAUAUAAAGUCAUUUUUGUGAUUUAAAAUGUACAUAAAAUCAUCCAUAAUGUAAAGAUCAUUGUGUGAAUAUAUAACCUUGAUAGUAAUGUGAAUUCAAACUUUAAUGCUUUAAAUCUCAUAUUUAGAUCAUGAGACUUUAGCCUGGAUCUUGCAGACCAACCCCACCUCAAGACAUGUGGUGGUAUAGUCAUAAAAUAUUUGAUUUAUUUUUUCGUAUUCAUGGACACGAUUUUCCUAUUUUUUUGGUCAUUGUGCACGAAUGUCUUUUCCGGGUCACUCAGCACAAAUUUCUUUUUCAUUUAAUUUUAUGUAUUGUUAGGUUUUUCAAUUUUUUUUUUCAAUUUUUAAUAGGGCUGUC